AUGGGGAGAGGCCGUCCGAAGAGGAAAGUUUCACCUUCACCACCUACUCCAUCACCAGUCCAACCCACUACUGAACCUGACACAGCUGUAAUCGAACUGGAGCAGAAGAAGAAAUUAAGGAAAAGGAUGAGAACGCAGCUAACUAACUUCUUCAAAGUCACCAAUGAGACCGUCCAGCAACGAGGUUCGAGAACAGCAGUAACCACACUUUUAGAACAAGCAUCGUCGGUUAUGAAGGCCUCCAACGCCCUAAACGACGAGUUGGAACUGAAUUCGGCCAACAAUGAAGACUAUCAGAAACAGUUCCAGAAGCAGCUCAACUACGUCAAGAGUCUCGCCGACACAAAAGAGAUAGUGGAGGAGUAUCUCAGAGAAAGAAUGGGAGAAGCUCCAUCAGUCAUCAGUAACCAGAUCCAUCAACAAGUCGUCACCCCAUCGCGAACACCUUCAACUCACGUAAGCAGUCAACAUUCUCAUAAUACCAGGUUCCCAGAUUACCAGCUGUCGGUGUUAGAAGAAGAAGGAAGUCAGUUUUCGGAAGUUCGAGGUGUAGAACCAGCCCCUGAUGACUGGAUAGAUGACUACAAGGCAGGCCGACGUGCGGGCGAGCCAAUCACGAGAGAGGUGGGAUGGAAAACAACUGUCAAAACUGAUCUCGGUCCAUACUCAGGUUCAGCACUUGAAUGGUUCACCUGGAUCGACCUGUUCAAAUCACUUGUGCACGAUUCGAACUGCUCACCGGGAGAGAAGCUGGCCAUUUUAAGAAGAAAUCUUCAGGGGGACUGUCAAGAUAUCGUUUACGGAUUAGGAGGAGGAGAGCCCGCUUAUAAGGAAGCAUUACAUCGCCUCAAACAAGAUUGUGGCAGAAGAGAUGUCAUGAGAGCUGCCCAUAUGCAAGCAGUAGAGAAAUUGGAUCCCGGAAGAGGAGCUCUACCCAAAAGGUAUGCUGAGAGAAUCAGAACACAUCUGUUCGACUUAAGAAGAAUUGGUGGCAGCAACUCAGUCGAUAUCAUAGAGAAGAUUUGCAGCAAACUCUCCGUACAUGACCGACUCGCAUGGAACGAUUCGAAGCGAUCCAGAGAAGAAACUAGAACCUUGGAGCAGUUUGGUGAAUGGCUCUGUUUCAGAGCAGCUGCCUACAGGACUCCUUACGACGUCGCUUCAGAUCAACAACAACAACCACAGCGAGAGCCCGGUAGGCAGCGGGCUCGAACGAACCAUGUCGCCACCAACCGACCUCCUCACAAGUGCUACAAAUGUCAGCAAGGUCAUCGCAUCGAUGUAUGUGAGUCGUUCAAAUCCCUCUCCAUUGAAGAAAGAAUUAAUUUCGUCAAACUACACCGCCUAUGUUACGGAUGCCUUCGUCCCUUCCAUUCAGCGAAAGUUUGUCGCAGCUCUAAGAUAUGUGGUGUUAACAACUGUAAACGUAGACAUCAUUCUCUCAUUCAUCAAGAAGAGCCGAUCAACCCGACCUCUGUGGAGACGUAUACGGGCAGUACUGCCUGCGCCCAGAUUGCUUCAAAUCAUCGAGUCGUCUUUGGAGUUCUUCGAGUCAACGUUCGGGAUCGAUCGGGCCGAUGGAAAACAGCCAAUUUAUUCUACGAUGAAGGCAGCGACACGUCGCUGGUGAGAGAAGGAUUCUUACGCCGACUAGGAUUCAAAGGCAAACCAAUCCUACUCGAGAUUUCUGGUGUCCGGGCGGAGAUAAGUCAUUUUAAGUCAGAACAAAUUGCUCUUAAUAUUGAACUUUCAUCUGGAGGAGCUGCUUGUGUGAACGUCGCAUCUCUUCCCAUCGUCUGCGAUCCGAAACCCUUGACCAACUGGGCCGACAAGAAGCGCAACUGGAUUCAUUUAAAAGAUCUACCCUUGGAGGAGAGUGGAGGUCGUAUUGACAUUCUACUGGGACUUGACCACAGUCAUCUCGUCAUUCCUUUGGACGUUCGCAGUGGAGCAGACAACGAACCCUACGCGUUUAAAUUGAAAUUAGGAUGGAUUGUAAGAGGAGUACUGGGAGAAGCUGAUCCGAAGCAAUCCGCCCGGAUCAACGUGAUUUCAUCUUGCAACAUAUCUGACUUAGAUACGGCCAUUCGUCAAUUUGCGGACACGGAAUCAUUUGGGACAGAAUACAAGAAGGAUCGGAUGACCCCAGAAGAUCAAGCAGCCAUCGACAUUGUCGCCGGAGGAACGCGACAACUGGAAGUAGGUUACGAAGUGGCGUUGCCAUGGAAAGCGGCCUCACCUGGCCUACCCGUCAACCGCCAACUGGCCGUCUUUAGAGCCCCUAGCUUAUUCAAGAAGUUCGAGAAGGAUCCCGUCUACAAAGAAGAUUAUGCGAAGGCUAUGAAGAAGUAUUUUGAAAAGGGAUAUGCCGCUAAGGUUCCAGUGCUAGAACUCAACACCCCUAAACAGUAUUUCCUCCCACAUCAUGGCGUUUAUAAGAAAAGUUCAAGAAAGCUGAGAAUUGUGUUCGACUCCGCAGCCGUUUAUCAAAACCGUUGCCUUAAUGACGCGCUUCUCAGCGGCCCUGCCUGGCAGGUUCAGCUUCCAUCAGUUUUAAUCCGUCUCAGAGAAGGAAGAAUCGCCUUCGCAGCCGACAUCGAAGCGAUGUUUAGCAGAAUUCGUCUCCGCCCAGAAGAUGCAGUUUAUCACCGGUUCCUCUGGAAGGAAGAAGGAUCAGAAGAAUUUACCACCUAUCAGAUGAAUCGAUUGUCAUUUGGUGACAAAUGUUCACCAUUCGUCGCGAUCGCCACCAUCCGAAGAGUAGCAGACGAUCAUGGCGCAGAGAAACCGGAAGCGGUAAAGGCGAUCAAGGAAAAUAUGUACAUGGACGACUAUCUGGACAGUGCGAGAGACCUAGACGAAGCCGUUAAACGCGCAAAAGAUGUUCUCGGAAUAAGAUGGAACACCGAACUUGAUCAUUUAUCUCUUGUUAUUGGUGGAGCAGACCAUGUUAUUUACAAUCGAUUCGGCAUUUCAAGUUUCGUCUCCAGCAUAUUCGACCCUCUUGGAUUCGCCUCACCAUGGAUCGUCAAGGCAAAGAUCAAGUCCAGACAGCUCAGUACUAAAGGUGUCACCUGGGAAGAAAUCAUCGCAGAGGAUGACCAGACCUGGUGGAGAGAAUGGAUUACGUCGCUCAACACGAUAAAGGAAACGGCGAUCCCACGGUGUUUAUUCCCGGAUGAAGAAUUGAUCACGAGUUCCGAGCUACACGUCUUCAGCGACGCAUCAGAGGAAGCGUUUGCGUCAGCAGUGUACCUGAGACAUACCUACUUAUCCGGCCAAGUCAUCAUUCAUUUAGUGAUAGCCAAAACCAAAUUGGCUCCAAAGAAGGUUCUGUCCAUCCCGAAGCUGGAGUUACAAGCCGCUUUGAUGGGUGCAAGAUUAGCCGACUAUGUAACCAACUCUCUGACCAGACCGGUUACUAGAAGAAGAUUUUGGACGGACAGUUCCUGUGUAAGAAAUUGGAUUAGGUCGACAGCCGCGUACUACAAACCAUUCGUCUCUCAUCGACUGGGGGAAAUCCAAGUACUGACAGAGUCUUCUGAGUGGAGAUUCGUACCCGGCCGUAUAAAUUGUAGUGAUCUAGCCACCCGUUCGUCAAUUGAAACCAUUCCUGACGUUUGGUUCAAGGGUCCAGAGUUCCUGUAUCAACCCGAAGAGGAGUGGCCCAUCGAUUUGCCCUGGAUGUCCGUCGUGGAAGAAAUAAAAUCAGCCCGGACCUUCCUUGCCGAAGUUGAAAUCCGCCCGCAAAUGGACUGGUCAUCUCUACAGUUCGGUCCAAACGAUUUACAAAAUGUUAUCCAAGGGAACCACAACACAUCGAGAUACUACAACGAUGCCAAGAAGAAUCGUUUGAAAGAGAACUACGAAGAGUGA